AUCUUUCAUCAUUUUUACCUUUUUCGCGUUCCUCUUCGCUUGCGUCAAUCACACAAUGACUGACAGAAUCUUUCGAAUUUUUAAUCCUGGUGAGCCCAAGGAAAAUCCAGUAGAGAAACGAAGAGCGCAACUGCGACGCGCCCAACAAUCCUACCGUGGACGAAAGGAUAAGUACGCGAGGACGUUGGAAGAAGAACUAGCAAAGUCCCGGUCGAGGGAAGCCGAGUUGGCCCGUGAAUGCGAACAACUCCGUGCAGGUCUUCAAAAUGCCCUUCAACAACUAUCCCAAGGUCCCAAUUCGACCGAUACUGGAUUUAGAGAAAUCACAUAUCCAGUCAAUGACUACGCUACUCCAUCCAGAACAACAGGGUCGUCAAGCGGCGCUUCUCCAAUGUAUCUGGGUGACCCAGGCUACCAAUCAGUGGACAUAGUGCCUUCUCCACAACUGAUAUCACCGUCUUCGUUUGGUGACUUCUCUGACCCGUCUGAAGGCCAUGGGGCUCUCGUUUUGUUCAAUCAAGGAUACUCAAGUCAUUCCCGCGUGGGCGAGGUGGAUCAGAUCAUUGCAGGCAUGGAGUUUGUCUUAAAAAUUGAAGAACCUUGUCUGGGCCAUCUCCACGGAGACGUCAAAAAACCUGACGAACCUGGCAAUCAUGCCCUGACUGCGACGGCUCAACUCAUGGCAGCCUGCGGUGAUACAUCACAUACAAAUAACCCACGUCUCCCGACAUCGCCAACCUUUGGAAAUACUCCAUCAUCUAUGUUAGAGCGACUGUUGACAUUAGCGCCUGACUUGUCGAAUGAGGAUGAGAUGACGCCAAUCCAGGCGUGGAAUAGCAUCCGGUGUCGGCCAAACUUUGGUGGAUUUAGUACAAGUAGCUUGGGUAUUCUUGCGGCGAGGUUGAUGAAGGCUGCGAAAUGUCACGGAUUUGGUGCUGCGAUAAAGCGAUCUGUUUUUGAAGGUCUGGUAUAUGAGACCCUUGUUGCUGGACAAACCUUUUAGUCAUAAUAUUUUUGCAACUGCGAUUGAGACUACUGUAUCAUACCUACAUCCUAUUUUGACUGUCCUAUCAAUAUCAAGGAUCACCCUUUCAUUUGUCCAUAUUGUUCGCGACUUGGGCAUGGGGGCCAUGCUGUAUGUAUUUUCCAGCGCCAUGAUAGUUGUUCGGGCAACAAGGUGCAGUGCUCGACAGUUCGACUCGGUGUUCAUUGUCAUCGCGUAGCCAUAGCUGACCAAAGGCUCGAACAAACUCACUACGCCAGGUUUAGCAGCACAGAUACGAACCAUGCCACACCCUAAGUGACAGUGGCAUAUGCUCAGAACUCUUAUUUAAUCCCGCCAAUCGCUCCUCUACUUCUUGUCAAGCUACCAACCCAAGACUUCGGUCAGCAACACCAGAC